CAAGCCGAUGUAUUAUUUUGAUGAAAAUGUCCUGGUUUCCCAACAAAUAGUAUAUUAUGAAUGUAUUCAAAUUUUUUUACAAUUAUUUAUUUUGCCUUUAAAUUCCAUUUUCCGAUCAAAAUGUCCAUUCGUUUUUUGCAGCUUUUGUUGUGACAGCCGGAAGCGCAGCGCUCGGCUCGCAUUGCAGCGCUAGCGGAGUUGUGGCUAGCUGGUGCAGAGCAGACAUUUGCUGUGCCCUCAAUUUGGAGAGCGAUAAAGUUGAAUAAGCCGUCUAAUCUUUUCCCCUCGUACUUUUUGCCCAUCUGCCGUCUAGUAACAAAAGCAUGAGCGACCUCGAGAAAGAUUUCAGGGAGCAGGUGAGUGGGGAGAAGAAGUUGAGCUAACGGUUAACGUUGAUCAUUUUGAAACGUUUAGCUAGCUUGAAUAUUAGCUGCGUUUGUAGGUCGGUUCAUGUCCGUGCAUUGUUACAGCAGGCCCCAACACUCACUGUAAUGUGUUUUAUACAACCUUUAUUUGAGUAACGUUAACUACAAGAGUAUUAUUGAGUGUUAACAAAUGUCAAAAAAUUAAAUCCAUGACGUAGAAGCCUAAGGCCUGAAAUGCACAGCAAUCGCAGAGAUGUAACGCUAGCGACCUCCGCGAUUCCUUUUCUCCUUCAUCGCAGACUUGUGACUUAACCUGAAAUAUUAGAUAAUGACUACCGAUAAACAUUAAGUAAUGACAACAGUUUGUCGGCUGUAAUGUUCAGAUCUGUGUCCGUAAUGCGUUAUUUAGGACUAACAAAGAUAACAUAAGACAUGUUAUUAAUCCAAUGUAUGUUGUUUUCCUGUUUUUUAUUUUAUUUGUGUUCAUUUUGGCUCUUACAGAAACCAACUUGCCUUAUCACCCUUGUUUGUUCUUUGUUAAGGUUGAGGUUGGAAGAAAGAAAAAGGCGGAAGACGUGUCAGAUGACUCGCCGCCUGGCUCUAGGAGCGCGUCCCCUCGGGGCUCAGUUAAAUCCACCAGCCGCUCGCCAGCACGGUCAAAAGAUGGCUCCCAUCACACCAGGUCGAGAUCCCGAUCUCAAUCCAGAUCCAAAUCCAGGUCCCGUUCCCAUCGGAGUUCGCGCAGGCAUUAUUCGCGCUCUCGUUCCCGCUCCCACCGACACCGAUCCAGGAGCCGAUCUCGUAGCUGGGAGUACCGCCGGCAUAGGAGCCAUAGCCGAUCCCCCAUGUCAAACCGGCGCAGACACAUUGGAAACAGGGCAAACCCAGACCCACACAACUGUCUGGGUGUCUUCGGACUGAGUCUGUACACCACGGAGAGAGACCUGAGGGAGGUUUUCUCCAAGUACGGCCCUUUGAGUGGCGUCAACAUUGUGUAUGACCAGCAGUCACGUCGCUCAAGGGGCUUUGCCUUUGUCUACUUUGAGAACUGUGAGGACUCCAAGGAGGCCAAGGAGCGUGCUAAUGGGAUGGAGCUCGAUGGGCGCAGGAUCCGAGUAGAUUUCUCCAUCACAAAGCGGGCCCAUACACCCACUCCUGGAAUCUACAUGGGACGGCCCACAUAUGGUGGUGGUGGCAGUGGCGGUGGAGGUGGAGGUAGCGGCAGCGGCGGUAGCAGUAGUGGUGGUUCGUCGCGACGCGCUUCAAGGGACUAUGAGAGAAGCUACGACAGAGGUUAUGACAGAAGUUAUGAUCGUGACUAUGAUCGCUAUGACGACAGAGAAUACAGAUCAUACAGACGCAGAUCUCCAUCUCCGUACUACAGCAGAGGGUAUCGCUCACGAUCCCGGUCUCGGUCCUACUCACCACGUCACUACUGAGCAGUUAAAGAAGAAGGCAACAGUUCAGUGUUCAGAUGGUUUCUUUUACUUUACUGUUUAUGUUUGUAUGUUUUUGCUUUGUUUAUAAGUGUAUCUGAUUUGAAUUCUGGAUUUGUUUAUGUAUUGAAGGUCUAAAUAUCUUAUAGAUGCAGUUGGUUUUCCUGUUUGAGCACCAAAGUCAUGAAAGCAAAAAACGAAUAUUUCAGAAAAUAGAUUCAAGUCAAAAUGAGCAGUACUUUGGAUCUGCACCAAAAUAAACAUUUGUAAUGUAAUCUUUGGAGAUCUUAACAGCUAAAACACGAAAAACACAACUUGUUUUUGUAAUUAAAAGAAGGGCUGUUUGUUUAUGCUCAGAGCGCUAUGUACAAGCAAGAUUUAUUCUGGUAGUUAUAUUAUGAUUUAUAACUUGGCUGUUGGCUGCAAAGAUCCCAGUUUGCUCAUAUUUUAUGUUUUAAAUAUCAAGUUUCUAUUUAUUCUUGUUUUUCUGAUGAAAAGUUCUUGUUUGGGGUGUUGUAUAUAAACAAAUGAUACUUAAGUCUGUGUGCUGCAGGAAUUGUACCCUGGAGUCGUCUCAAAUAGUUUGAAUUAUUUGACGUGUUUGUUUUUCUCUGCAGAAAUUAAAAAAUAUAUACUGCUUAGUUUUUUUCAUGCAUGCGACUUCAAUUGAGUGACCUUCCAUAAUAAAGCCCUGUUUUGUCACAA